UUUGUACUAUCGAGUCACUUCAAGAUCUACCUUGUAAUAAUAGUGACUGAUUCCAUUUCCUGUAUCGUCCACAGUCUCCAUCCACAAAAGUCCAAUAAGGUCACGAUUUACUAUUCACGGCCCACAACCCCAAAUACUAAAUAUGGAAAGGGGAAGAGAAUCUGGUCAACAAGGUACGGAACCUAAUGUUCCAAAACAAGGAACUUCCGGGAACAUUCUUCUUCGAAUGAUUGAGAAUCAUUAUCGGAAGACAACCUUCGCCAAAACUGAUGACCAGAUCACCGCCGAGUCACACCUUUUCCCAGGCGUACCCUUCAACCGGUUGUUUGUCAUCCCUGCCGCAAUGGUGAUUCAAUUCUGCUGCGGAUUUUUUUACGCUUGGAGCGUGCUAAAUCGACCCAUCGACAUUUGGAUGUAUGGUUCUCCAGGUGCGGAUAAGUCUGUCAUCACGUUCUCCAUCGCAAUUGCAAGUUUUGGAAUUUCUGCUGCCGUGAUGGGACCCUGGGUUGAGAGGAAGGGACCCAAGUCCUCCAUCCUCUUAGGAUCAACUUUCUACUUGGCUGGCCACUACUUUUCCGCACUUGCCUUCCACUUGCGACAAAUGUGGCUUCUCUACUUGGCGUAUGGCGUUGUGGGCUCGUUUGGAUCUGCCGUGUGCUACAUCACGGCGGUAUCCGUGCUCCUAAAAUGGUUUCCAGACCGAAGAGGAAUGGCGUCAGGGUUGGCGGUGAGUGGGUGUGGUGCGGGUGCAAUGGUGGCUGCACAGCUACUGCUUCCCUUGACCAGCGAGGUUGGACUAACUGUGGCAUUUGUGAUAUUGCCUUCCGCCAUGUUGGUUCCCAUGAGCGUUGCUGGUUUCGUGUUGAGGACUCCUCCCCCAAAUUUCAUGAUGGUAGUGGAAAAACAAGUUGUAAUCGAUCCCGGCAAGCAUUCUUCUGAUGAUGAUGAUACAAGAACCCGUACUAAUGAAAUCAAAUGCAGCAAAAAUGAAAACCUCAGCGCCGUGGAUGCUUUGACCAGCCGAAACUUCAAGCUUAUCUAUGUCAUGUUCUUUGCUAACUCGAUUUUUGGCUUGGUUCUCAUUUCUCGACUAGCUAACAUAACCCGAGACGUGUUCAGAAAGAGUGAAUAUGAAGGAACCAUAAUUGUCUCAAUCAAUGGAAUGUUUGAUCUCGUGGGUCGUUUAAUCUUUUCGACGUUAUCGGAUUGGGUGGGAAGAAAAAACUGUUUCAUCGUUUUAUUGUCGGUGCAACUGGUAAUCUUGAGCCUUUUUACACUUAUUACAACUACGCAGACGUAUUGGGCGUUCCUGGCUGCAGUGUGGAUUUUAACAGGAUGCUACGGAACAGGAUUUGGAAUUCUGGCAGCCUUUUUGUCAGACACCUUCGGCCCGAAGAAUGUUGGGACGUGUCAAGGGGUCAUCUUUACUUCGUGGUCUUUGGCUGGUAUUUGUGGGGGACUGAUUUUUUCGGCAUUGUUUGAUGCCUAUAAAGAUGAGUAUGACUGGGAUCCUUAUCCAUAUAAUGUGAACGUUUGGUGGAUAUUGGCAGUUGUAGUGGUGGGGCUGGUGGCUUGCAUUUUCAUAAAGCCGUCACCAAAAGAUAAAGCGUUCAUGGGAGGAUUGAAAGCUAUCUUUAUGAAAAUGUGUCAUCGAUCCGAGACAGUAAAUACCAGGGAAAGCUACGAAAUGAAUUCAGAGGAGAAAUAAGUCUAAGCUAAUCUAUAAUUUAUAGUGGAUGCUUUUUUAAAAUGAAGACUUUUUCUCGUUUUAAAACUUUGUACUCUUGUAAUCGUAACUCAAUUUUAAUUUUUUACUUUUAAUAACAACAGAUAAUGUAACAGAUUCACAAAGAAUAUGACAAAUGGAUUAAAAUAAAAUGUAAACACGUAAAACA